AUGGCCGCCUCUGUCGUCGCCACAGCAUCUGCUGCUUCCACCCCCGCCCUAGUCACUGCCGCGCUCGCCGCCUUUCGCCGUCACACGCACGCGCACGCACACGUCUCGCCGCGCCGUCCCUGCUCCUCAUUCCCCUCGUCCAUCGCACCUGCUGCGACCUCCGCGUCCCGUUCCGCCUGCGCACCAGCCGCGCGCGACGCAGUCCCGCUCGCGCCCUCCCGCGCCUCCGCCGCCAGCGCUGCGUACCCAGCCGCCACAUCCGCGUCGCUCCGCGUAUUUUGCACUCCGUCGCUGAUCAGCGCGCCGCAAGGCUCCGCCCGUCGCGCCGCAGUCGUCGCCAUGGCGACAUCGGCCGCUGACGCGAGUGGCGUCUCGCCCUCUGCCGGCGGCGGAGCGGAGGCUCCGCCGGAGGGGUAUCGCGCGAACGUGGGGGUGUGCGUGGUGAACGCGGCGAACGAGGUGUUCGUGGCGUCGCGACUGGACAUGCCGGGCGCGUGGCAAAUGCCGCAGGGCGGCAUUGAUGCGGGGGAGGACAUCCGCAGCGCCGCCCUGCGCGAGCUGCGCGAGGAGACAGGCAUCUCGUCCGCUCUGCUGCUCGCGGAGACGCCUGAGUGGCUGUGCUACGACUUCCCCCCCGCUGUGCGCCAGAAGCUUGCCGUGCAGUGGGGCCGCGAGUGGAAGGGACAGGCUCAGAAAUGGUUCCUGUUCCGCUUCGUGGGGGAGGAGAGCGAGAUCAAUCUGGAGGGGCAGGGAGGCGAGCCGCCAGAGUUCUCCGAGUACAAGUGGCUGCCGCCUGCUGACGUGGUGGCUGGGGCAGUGGAAUUUAAACGACCUGUGUAUGAAGCUGCCAUGCGUGUGUUCGAGCCCGUCCUAGCGUCACAGCAAUCCCCAGCCGCCGAUCCGUCCCGCGAUCGAGAGUAUUCGUUUGACGCGCACUUUUGUUGCCAUCUUCUCUCGCCGACUUCCCUCCCCGUCUGGUCGCGCGGACACCGCGUAGCAGUGUCGAUGUGGCCUCAACGGGGCAACCGGCUCCUGCCCUCGCUCCGCCAAUCGAUCUCUGACACGUGGCGGGGUCAUCCGCCGCCUGCUCUUCGGGAGUAUCAACCCUCACAUCUAUCGAAUCCGCGAUCGCAUUCGCGGUCCUUGUGGUCCGCAGCAGUCAACACAAGUCAAGAAGCGUCGUCGGGCGCGGGGAAGACGGGAAGCGACCAGCGGCAAGAGGCGUCUGGGCCCGCCGGUACCGGUCCGUCCGCGGCCGGCGGAUCUGAAGCCCGCGCGGAUGGCGCAGGGGGGUCUGAGGGAGCCGGGGGAGCGGGGGGAGCAGGCGGAGAAGCGGGAGGAGAAACGGGAUCCGAGGGGCAAGCAAGCGACGGGGCGGCGGGGGGCAGUGAUGGGCGAGCGAAGGUGGUGUGGCCGUUGGAUCGGGCUCGGCAGGUGGUGAAGCGCGUGGUGGGGUUCGUGACUUCGCGCGUGUCGUGGCUGGCGCGAUCCGGUCCUUUCGAAAGGGUGAAGAAGGCGGUGCUGUUUGUGCGCGAGGAGCUCACCACGCCUCCCGCCAAGCGCCUGGCUGCCAAGCGCAAGGCGGAAGCAGAGGCCAUGGCAGCCGCCGCCAAGGCGUUUGAGCCGUCGGAUCGCGUGGAUCUGACGGUGGUGAAGAGGAAGGUGCCGUGGUGGCGAGCGCGCAUUGAGAGUGUGCUGAAUAAGGUGAGGGAGCACUGGGUGGUGCAGCGGGUGUACGGCGUACAGCACCACCCCAUCGUCACCAAGAGCAAGGAGGUGGUGGAUGAGAUGAAGGACCGGUGGGAGACGAGCGACAGCCCUGUCGUGCACCGCAUUCAGGAUUUAAAUGAUUCCAUCUUUGGGGAGACGGCGACAGCCAUGGCUGUAAAGGAGAUCAGACGCAGAGACCCGGACUUCUCUCUCUCGGACUUCAUCCACGAGGUGCAGGAGGAUGUGCUGCCUGUGCUCAACGCCUACAUGCAUGGCGACCUAGCAGCGCUCAAGGCGCGGUGUCGCAAGGAGGUGGUGGAGCGGUGCCGGGCAGAGCGCUCUGCCAUGCUCGCCCAGGGCCUGCACGCGCACCACCGGAUUCUGCACCACGCAGACGUGGAAGUGAGGGAGGUGAAGCUGGUCGGUAACGAUCCUGUCAUCAUCCUCCAUUUUACAUCACAGCAGAUUUUCUGCUUAAUGGACAAACAGGGGAAGGUGCAUGAAGGGGGGAAGGACAACAUAAUGACCAUGUUCCAUGCAUGGGCCAUGCAGCAGGCAUCAUUGGAGGAUCUCGCAGAGGAUCCAAAUGAGCCCAAGUGGCGCUUGAGGGAGAUGCAGCAGAUGGGCAUGCAAGCACUCAUUUAA